GCCUUUUACUCCAAAAUGCAAGAGGCGCCGGAGAGCGGCAGCAGCGCCAGCACGAGCAGCUCCUUCUCCAGCCAUGCCGCGGCCAGCAUCAAGGAGGAGGAGGGCAGCCCCGAGAAGGAGCGACCCCCCGAGGCCGAGUACAUCAACUCGCGCUGCGUCCUCUUCACCUACUUCCACGGGGACAUCAGCGCCGUGGUGGACGAGCACUUCAGCCGGGCGCUCAGCCAGCCCAGCAGCUUCUCGCUGGGCAGCGCGAAGGCGGCGCGGAGCGCGGGAUCCUGGCGGGACGGCUCCUUCCCCAUGAGCCAGCGCAGCUUCCCGCCGUCCUUCUGGAACAGCACGUACCAGCCCUCAUCCGUCCCCGCCACGCUGAGCAGCCCCCUGGCAGCAGCCGCCCACGGCGAGCUGCCCUUUGCCACCGCUGACCCCUACGCGCCGGCCUCGCUGCACGGCCACCUGCACCAGGGCGGCCCCGAGCCCUGGCACCAUGCCCACCACCACCACCACCACCACCACCACCCCUACCUGGGCGCGCAGAGCGGCGCCUACCCCCGCCCCGCCACCAUGCACGAGGUCUACGGCCCCCACUUCGACCCGCGCUACGGCUCGCUGCUCGUGCCCGCCGCCUCCGUCCGCCCGCACCGCCUCACGCCGGCCUCCGUGCCCGCGCCCGUCAGCCCGCAGUGCGAGUUGGGCAAGAGCGAGGCGGGCGCCGCCGCCGCCGCCUGGACGACGCCGGCACCCUUCCCCAGCGCCACAGGCGACGUGGCGCAGAGCCUCGGCCUCAACGUGGAUGCAGCUCGACGUUACUCCUUCUGUGGUGGAUCCCUUCUGAGCUGAUCUGCUGCCUCCUGCCCCCCUUGCCC